AAAAGCGCAGCAACGGUUGCGAGAGGAGAUGACGUCAGGCUGGGCCCGGCGAUGUCCCGUAGCGGCCUCCGUAGCCGCGCUUGAUGUUGUUUUGCUGCCGCUGGCGUGGAGCCUGACCAAGAUGGCGGAGCAGCUGGACCGAGUGCGAAUCUCGGCCGCCGAACUUCGAGCGUCCGGUUGUUCACUCGACCGAGAGGACGAUCACCCGCCCAACAAGCACCGGCGGCGUCCCGACUUGCAGCGCUACCAGCGAGUGCCCGGACAGGGGCGCCGGCACCGCGACAGCGAGGAGGUGGAAAAUGCGCCGAGCGACCGCCGCGCGACCCCCCCGUCCGGCCCGCGCGAUCCCAAACCCAGGAACGGCGAAAAGAACCUCCCGCCGCACGCCGACGACAGGAUGCCAGGCGACGACGUCAACAGCGAGGCCGCUCCGGAAAAGCACGGCGUGAGCCGGGAGCCCGUCGGAGCCGGCGGGCCGAAGAAAGCCCGCAAACCCGACCGGGAAUUUUACCGGCCCGGAAGCCGCCGCGCCGCGCCGGGGAAAGACUGCGACGGGGCGCCGGAGCCGGCUAAGACUCACGACCCCGACGCCGGCGAAAGACGGCCAAAGGGGAAGGACAAAGACGACAAAGCAAAACUCAAGGAGAGCAUUCGACGGGCGGCGGGAAAAAACACGAUGGAGAAGCUGCUGAGCAACGUGGAAAAACUCAGCGUCAAGGAGAACGCCUUCUGCGAAGACGGCGAGGACGCAGCCGGACGCGGCGGCAAAACCGCGGCUCGGGAAAGACGCAACGACGCGGCCAAGAGGGGGAACGGGCGCCGGAGAGAGCAGAAAAGCCAGAGUGUCAUGGCGGGGCCCCGCCAAUGGGAAAAGGAGAGAAGCCAGAGCGACGGGGCCCCUCCGUUGGGAGAGACCCAUCCCAACGAGGGAAGCCAGCGCGCCAGAAGAAGCGGCCACGUCAAGAACGGCGGCGGCGGGGAAGCCGACGCAGGCGCUCCGGCGUCGAGCGAGCGCGCCAAACGGGGCGGCGCCGCGCCCGCCUCCAAGCGCUACUCCAAGUCGGACAUCCGCCGCCCGCGCCGCCGCACGUAUAGCAGCAGCUCGGCCGGCAGCGCCGCCGGCCCGGACGCCGUCAACGGGCCCGAGCGCCCGCAGAGGGGAGCCCGCGGAUGGCGCCGCGCCGGCCGGGACGCCGGCCGCGGGUCUUCGGACGACUCCGGGGAAGGAGGAGUGACGAGCGAACCGGCGAACGAGGAGCGCGCGCCCCGGACGGAGCGAGCCGGGGAGGCCCGCGGCGGAGGCAACGGCGGAAGGCGAGGACCGCUCGGGGGCUCCUUGGACAAGAACCGGGCCGCCUCCGGGGACCCCCACAAACACGGGCCGGCUCCUCGGGGCCGAGGCGGGGGUAUCCUGGUGCUGCCGGGUCCCAAGCCGGCGGAAUCGGGCCAGCGCAGGCUUUUCGGAGGAGCCGCCCCCGCCGCCCGAGGGGGGCGGGGCGGGGGCGCCAGGCGCCUGUGGGACCCCAACAAUCCCGAGCAGAAACCGGCGCUGACCCCCGCCGGUCGACGCUCGCUCCCGCAGGCGGCGCACGGACAGCUGCACUUUCUGGACACGGACGACGAACCGGCUGUGGGCGGGGGGAGCCCUCCGGCGUCGCGGGGGCCGCCCGCCGCCUCGGCCUACUACAAGUUCCAGAAGUCGGACGACCCCUACCGCUGCCCGCCGCCCGCCGCCCAGCGCCACCCUUUCCCGCCGGCGCCGCCGCGGCAGGCGGCCGACGGGGCGUACGCGCCGCUUCACUCGCACAGAGGCUACGCCCGGCCGGGCGGCGAGCCCACGUCGGAGGAGGCGGAGCGGCGCGCCCGAGGCGAGCUGUGCCGCGCGCUGCGGGCGGCCGACUCGCUGGAAGUUCAGCUGGGCAACUUGCUGUCCCGCGAUGGAAUCAGCGCCGACGGACUGGAGCGCAUGGCCCGCCUCAGGGCGGAGCUGCUGGAGGCGUACGAGCGCGUGGUCCUGAGCGACAUCGAGCUGGCCGACUCGCAGAGCGUGGACCAGGCGCUGUGGAAGAACGUCUUCUACCAGGUCAUCGAGCGCUUCCGCCAGCUGCUCAAGGACCCCCCCGCCGCCGGCGCCGCCGACGACCCGCCGCUCAUUCGCAACGUGCUGCUGGCGCUGCUGGACGAGGGGGCGCUCUUCUUUGACGCUCUGCUCCAGAAGCUGCAGACGGUCUACGGCUUUCAACUGGAGGACUACAUGGACGGCGUGGCCGUCAGGGCGCGCCCGCUGCACAAGACGGUGAAGUACGCUCUGAUCAGCGCCCAGCGCUGUCUCAUCUGUCAAGGAGACAUCGCUCGCUACCGGGAACAAGCCAGCGACUCGGCCAACUUUGGAAAGGCCCGCAGCUGGUACUUGAAAGCCCAGCAGAUCGCCCCCAAAAACGGCCGCCCCUACAACCAGCUGGCCCUGCUGGCGGUCUACACCAAGCGCAAGCUGGACGCCGUCUACUACUACAUGCGCAGCUUGGCGGCCUCCAAUCCCAUCCUGACGGCCAGGGAGAGCCUGAUGAGCCUCUUCGAGGAGGCCAAGCGCAAGACGGAGCAGCUGGAGCGUCGAAGGAGGCAGGACGAGCGGGACGCCGGCUCCCGGGGGCCCGCCGUCCGGGGCCGCGCCGGGCCCGAGGACGGGGCGCGCUCCGAGGUCUGGCUGCGCCCCGGCGGACGCGCCGGCGACUCUGAACAGAACGGCGAGCUGGGCGGCCUCGGCGCCGGCGAGCUCAACAGGCGAUUCAUCCUCAGUUUCCUGCACGCGCACGGAAAGCUCUUCACCAAAGUGGGGAUGGAGUCCUUCCCGAGAGUGUCCCGUCGGGUGGUGCAGGAGUUCCGGGCGCUGCUCCAGCACGGCCCCUCCCUCCUGGGCGCCACGCAGCUGCUGCAGAUCGUCACCAUCAACAUGUUCACCGUACACAACGCCCUCAGUCGAGGCGGGGGUGUGGAUGAAGAAGGAGGGGGAGGGGGCGAAGGGCGUCGUCCGAUGCUGCAGGAGCAGAGCACGGCGCUGGGCCUGGCCAUGUUUGCGCUGAUGGUGGAACACUGCGCGCAGAUGCUCGGCGACAUUCCCGCAGCCGCCGCGUCUGACGUCGAGCGGGAGGACAAAGGGGACGAGCCGGAGGCCCCGCUGAGGGUCUCGCGCUUCCCGGCGGACCUGCGGGAACUCCUCCCGAGCAUCAAGGUUUGGUCCGACUGGAUGCUGGGACACCCGGAGCAGUGGAACCCGCCGCCCUGCGGCAUCGACGACAGCCCGGACGUGUGGCGGUGCCUGGCCCGGCUGUGCAACGUGCUGGCGCGCGUGGACCACGGCGAGGUGCCGCUCUACAAAGUGGACACGGACGAGGUGGAGGGCGACGAGGAGCUGACGGUGCUGCAGCUGAAGGAGGACAGGCUCCUCGCCGGCUUCGUCCCCCUGCUGGCCGCGCCGCAGGAGCCCUGCUACGUUGAUCGGCGCGCCGACGCGGCCCAAGCCGCCGACUGCAAGCGGGUGACGGUGCUCAAGUACUUCCUGGAGGCGCUGUGCGGACAGGAAGAGCCCCUGCUGGCCUUCAAGGGCGGCAAAUACGUCUCGGUGGCGCCGCCCCCCCCGGCCCCUCCGGACGCCGGCGCCAGGCCGGACUCGCUUUCGGACAAAGAGGCCGAUGAUGUCAUCGUAGAGUCGGUGUCGGAAGGCGAGGAAAACGACGACGGCGAGGCGGAGGAGGCGGCGGGAGACGACGAGAGCGACAUCAGGCAGCUGAAGGCCCGGCGCCACGCCCUCGCCAACAAGCUGGUGCAGCAGCAGAAGCGCCGGCAGAAAAUACAAGCGGUGCUGCAGACGAGCGGGCAGCUGCAACUGGAGGUGCGACCGGUCUUCCUGGUGCCCGACACCAACGGCUUCAUCGACCACCUGGUGGCGCUCAAGAAGCUCCUCCAAUGUGGAAGCUACGUAGUGGUGGUGCCGCUCAUUGUGAUCACGGAGCUGGACGGCCUGGCGAAAGGCCAGGACGCUUCGGGAGGAGGAGGAGGAGGAGGACACGCGGCGGCGCACGUGCGCGGCGUGCAGGAGAAGGCGCGCCAGGCCGUGCUGUUCCUGGAGCGGGCCUUCGAGGCGCGCGAGCCGCGACUGCGGGCGCUCACCAGCAGGGGGACCCAGCUGGAGUCCAUCGCCUUCCGCAGCGAAGACACCUCCGGACAGCAGGGCAACAACGAUGACGUCAUCCUGUCCUGCUGCCUCCACUACUGCCAGGACAAGGCCGAGGACUUGAUGCCCGACCACAGAAACGGGGGGACGGUGCGCCUCCAUCGCCAGGUGGUCCUCCUCACGGACGACCGCAACCUGCGCGUCAAAGCGUUGACGCGCAACGUCCCCGUCCGGGAGAUCCCCGCCUUCCUCAGCUGGGCCAAGGUGGGAUGAAGGCACCCACGGCGGCACUUGCGGCGCCACGGACGGGAAGGCGGCCCCCGUCCCGUCCCGUCCUCCUCAGCCUCCUCUUCCUCGGAUGACGUGUGUGCGAAGGUGCGCGCCGGGCGGCCGGCGUGGCCAUUUGACGACCAAACGGCGCACCGCGACGGAGAAGCCCGUGCGUGCGCGCGGCGGCGGCGGCCCCCGCGCUGCGCUCUGGCCUGCCAGCUAGCUAGCGCGCGCGCGCGUGCAGGUGUUUCCUGCCUCGAAGGAAGUGCUGACUUCACUCGCAAGGGUUUGAAAAGUGAAGCCGUUGUUCCUGAUGCUUGAAAUCCAAAGUGGCGCAUUUUGGCAAAGGCGAGCGUGGACAUUGGAUGGACGCCGACGCGACGUUGGGUCUCGGUUUUGAAGAAGACCCGUUUGCUUCCAAACGGCAAAAGGUGUGUGAUGCUUUCUCACGACAAACGUUGAGCUUCCGAUUCCCGAGAUUGGGCGCGCAAAGUGCACGUUUUUGUUUCAGCUUUUGCGGUCCAGCCGAGUGUUGUCGUUUAUUUAUUGGACUGCGAUUUUUGUUUUCCGCUGGUGUGUCGUGCUCUGCGCUUUUCUUCUGUAUUUUGUGGCUGCGAACGUUUACCAAACGGCUCCCGUGUUCCUGAUGUGUCAUUAAAAGCUUCACGCUGAUGAUGGUGAUGCUGUGAUAGAUGAUGGAGUGGCUGUCAAAAAGUCAAAACACCCCUUCCAAAUGGACUUUUUUCUUCUUUUUA